AUGGUGGUUGAGUUGAAACCCGGGAACGCCGCAGAACGGAGGGCGGUUGGCUCCCCAGAAAGGGUAGCUAACGUUCUGAAUGGUUGCGCCACAGUGGUAGCGGGUGGUGUCGCAGAUUGUGUACUGGUCAUCGUCGUCGCCAUUACAGGUCGGAAAAGUGAUGAGGAUGAAGAUGAUGGUGGCGAUGGAGUGGUGGAGAAGGGGAGAGAGUAA